AUGCUUUCCAGCCACAAGGUACCUACGUUACUUUACGCGAGUUUAUGUUCCGCGUGCAACUCACGAACGUCACACUGAAAGUUGAACUUUUCAAUAAAUAGAAAAAAAAUUCAAAUUAAAUUCAGUUUCUCAGUGAUAUGCUUGUUCAAAAUUUAUUUUGCAAAAAAGGUGAACUAUUGUGAUUAAAGGAAAACCACUUCGAGGAUUGUGCGAGAAAAAAAACUUUCAAGAAUAUUUCAGAAAAGUGUCAAGGAAGAAACAUUUUUGUGUGAAAAAAUGAUUAUGACACCAGUGUUGAUGGCCAUCUUCUGCUUGGUGACAGCGGGCUGUGCUAACAUCACUGAUCAGCAGACAUCAGAAAGUCAGCAUAAUCAGCAGGUGGCAAUUCUCAAACAGAUCAGAAAAGUCAACGAUGAUGGUUCCUAUACUUUUGGUUAUGAAGCUGGUGAUGGAUCCUUCAAGGUCGAGAGCCGUGACGUUUUAGGCAACGUCAAGGGUACUUUCGGUUUCGUCGACGCGGAUGGUGAAAUAAAGAGGGUCACUUAUACCGCCUCAAAUGGAACAGGCUUUAAAGCGACUACCGUCUCACCAUUGCAGGAACACGUGACAUCUAUCCAGAGCAGAGUGAAUCGAACCACAUCUACUAGAAAGCCUAUUGUCGCCUACGCAACUUCGUCAGAGACGUCCACAUCUUCAGUUGUUCAGUCUAUUCCAAGAACGAGAAAACAGUCAACAACGCCUGAAACACCUUCAUCAACAACAGGUGGAAGCACUAGCACCUCAACAACGGAAUCAACCACAAGACAGGGUCUGCCUCAAUUCAGAACAACUUCAAGAAGCAGAUCUCGAUUUUCCAUCAAUGGACAACAACGUCCACACGUUUUAGAAGAAGAAACAGAAGCUGAAGGUGAUUCUCAGAUUAAAAAACCCGAAGAAAAAGUGCCAACUUUCAGGAAAGUAAUAUUUGCUAAACGACCUGUUGAUGUGACACUCAGGCCAAUCACUGAAGAAUUUGAGGAAAAAGAGGAAGAAGAUAAAAUUACCACAGGAAAUACUUUGAGGCGACAACUACACGAGGACACUACAAAAUCGGUUCCUGUUGUAAAUGUGGAACAUCAUCAUGAAGACGAUCAUGGUGACCAUGUAUAUGGAGGAGCUUUGUCAACAUCGAGACCAUUGUUCACGAUCAAUAAUCCACCUAGAGUCGUCCAAAGAGUUGCCAGUUUGAGACAAGAACGAGCAAAGACACUAUACGUUAACAACAGAGAGACCCUUGCACCAGCCAGAUAUGAACCACCUAGAACUUAUGAAUCAGACGCUAAGAUUCAGGACGAGAGAGAGAAUGCAGCAGCGGCACAACAGCAGGUUUUGAUAGAACCACCGCGAGAUCAAGUUAGGGAUUAUCCUCAACAGAAUCCAGAGCAACCUAUUUAUGUGAGAAAACAGAACGGAUAUUCUAGGGUAUUACCACCUGGAGGAAUUUUGGUCAGGGGACCACCUCCUGAAAAUUUAUUGGAAGAUGAUCCAGCAAGUUACAGAACACCUCUGCCUAUUAAUAGGGCUCUUUAUCGACCUUCGGCAAAUCAACAACCUAUUUAUUCGACCACGACAGAACCAAACAUUCAUUACUUGACUGAACAGCCAAUCGAAGAUCCAAGAUUACCAAUUAAUCCAGAUUACGUGAGGCGAGAUAGACUAUAUCGACCGAUUCCUCCAUAUCGUGAACAGCAUGCUAGAGCUAGACCUGCCAUGUUUCAGCCCGUUAGACCUAUUCCACGUCCUAUUGGUAGACCGGUCGAUGAUCGGGACUAUCAAUCAGUCUCUCCAGAUGGAUACCAAUAUUCUGGACCAAUAGCACUGCCUCCAGAACAUCCAAAUCCAAUCGCACCUCCUUUAAGUCGAAGGGACUUCCAGAUACUUCUAAGAAGACUUCUUGUCAGUCAGUAUGGAGUUCAAGCUUUGACGUACCCCAAAACUUAUUUGGAAGAUGCUCUCUAUGAUCAGCAGCCUUAUCCUUCUUAUCAGCCAUCUUAUAGAACAGCUGCUCCGAGAGAGGAUCUUGGGUAUGAAGCAAGAUACGGUGACAGGGUUCCACUUGUUAGAGCUGCUACAGCUGAUGCCACUUCCGCUAAUGGUUACUCAAGAUCCAUGUCACCUGCCUAUCAAUCUAUGAGAUACGAUGACUACCAGGAUAACAGAGCUUAUCCAAAACGAGUUUAUAGACAGAAGUUUUACUCUCCGGAGGAAUCAGAGGAUGGAGAUGAGAUACUACCGCCUCCGAUUAGAGAAGCUCUUCUUUUGAGGAUGUUACAGCUAGCUAUCAAUUCAGAUCGACCUCCGAUGACUAUGGCUAUGCCGAUGACUACUAGCAGUCCUGCUUCCAGGUACAGGAAGCUAGGACCUGUUAGAAGUGUUCAGAUUAUCACUGAUGACUCAGAAGAGGAGAAGGAGGCAAGGAAGAACAUGUAAUGUUGAGCAUUAUGUUCAGUGAUAUUAAGGUGGUCUUUAUUUCUGGGGUUUGUUAAUGGAUAUACAUAUCUUAUAGAUUAACUGUUACCUAUGAGAUAGAUAAUGCAUCCUGGAGGAAACUCUUUGGAAGAAUGUUGCAUAUUGUGUUUUAUGAAAAGAGACGUCUAGCUUUUAGAACACUUUACACUAAAAAAGUAUCGUUUUCCGAAAGGUAGAACUAUCUCUUCUUUGAACUGAAUUUAUAAAAGUCCCAGAAAUGAAGAAAACUCAUUUUGAAUCAAUCUCAAGAGAUCUUGUACUGAGCCUUAAAGAUCUGACUGUGGUGAUUUUUGUAAGUAAAACUAUCAAUCAUUUAUUAUUAUUGGAUCUUUUCAAACUUUCGUUCAUGAUAGUGGUCUAUUCAGAUCUGUCCAUAAUGGUGAUCUCUUUAUGUCUGUCGAAGUUAGUUCUUCAUAUAUAUUUACAUAUGUUUAAAUGUUCAACAUAAAGAAAGUCGAAGUUUUUUAUGAACAGAAGUAACAAAAAAGUCGAAUCUGCAUCCUAUAUAGAGAAUUUUAUUUUUGAUGUUGCAAAUAUGUUUCAACCAGAAUUUGAUUAUUAUCAAAAAUUAAUUUUAUCCUAUCUUUAAGAGAAUUCAUUACCAUUACUAUAAUUACAGUUUAAAAAUUGUGGAUCAGUGAUGGUUCUUAUUAUUAUUAGAAUGCUGGACCAGAAUUCAAUUUUGCUAAAAAUAAUUUGACCAUCUUCAUCAUUUUGUAGAACAUCCAGAUCAGAAUUAGGCUAUUCUUACUGAAGAUUUUGAAUACAUCCCUAUCACUAUCGUUUUACAACAUCGGACUUCUAUCAGGCACUAAUGUAACCAUUAUCAUCAUGUUCAAGGCAUGAUUAAUAUCAUGUUUUGAACACGACCAACAAAUCUUUUAGAGCUGGGGUUUAUUGGAAGAAUCUAUUAGGGAAAUCAGAUCUGAUGAACCCAGAGUACUAGUCAUGACUUUUGAAAAAUCUGGAAUGUCUAGAAACAAAAUUUGUUGAAUGAACACAAGAUGAUCAUCCAUAAUGAAGUCUAUCAAUAUCCUAAAAGUGGUCAUUCAUUUCUGAUAUCUACAUUGUAUUGUUAACGUCUAGACCAACAUUGCUAGCAUAUGUUGAAUGUGCCUAAAAUUUAAUAAAUUCAAAUGAACCCUAAUGGAUUCUUCUAUCUUGAAAAAUAAACGAGAAAUCCUCAUCUAACUUUAUAACAUAAGAUUAAAUUUUUAAUUUGUGAUCCAAUUUCAACCUAAAAACAAAAUGAAUACGAAAUUAUAUACUCCAGCUCUAAUUCAAUUAAGCCUCGUAAUCCAGUGUCCGGCUAAUCGAAUAAUCGUGCAGAGUUUUAAUGUGCGGUGAAGAAAUCGUUUCGGAGUCCCUUUCAUUUUCUCGUUCGCCUUGUGGAAUCAAUUCAGUAUCCGCCGGCCUCUAAAAAGCGGAAGUCUCCAACCUACGAUUAUAAAACAGGCCCUUAGUGAAAUCCGGCAAUAAUUAAUCUCAAUGUAUUUUUCUCCAAAUUGACAUGUCUUUAAACAAACAAUACUCUCAUUAAUGUCGUCUCUUUUAAUAGAGUACUUACGUCAUCGAAAAUGAAUCGUGGGAUUCAUUCUUCACGACUUCGCGAUAUUAUUUCUUUUUUUUUAUAUCUACGACUCUACCUAGCAAAACCCGAUGUGAAGAUUGUAAAAAAGUAUCUUAUCUUUUUCCUCCAUCUUUAAAGAAGCAGGAACAAGAAGAGUUUGCGACAAUGCCAGUAGAACUUUACCAAAAUAUGUAAGAUUCCUUUUUGGAAGGAAUGUUUUUAAUAUAUAUAUUCUUACAGUACCUUUAUAUUUUUAUACGAAACUUUUCAGAAAAUAUUUUCUUGAAAGGCAUUAUUGUUGUAAAUACAGCAAAUUAAGACAUAAGACUUUGAUAUUUGAUUUUAUCAACUUAGAGGAGCGUUUCUCAGCUACUUCAGCAUUCCAAGUACCCACUUCCGUACUGCUUCGUGGUUUCGUUUAAUCGUUCAAUAAAGUUCAUUCGACGUUGGUAAAGUCUCGUAUCGGUAAUCUAGUUAACUGAAUACUGAAUAAUAAUUAUAACGUAGAGGUAAGCGUACAGAAAGACACGUAUAUGUAUUUACAAGGAUAGGCGCGUGCUCGCCUCUCUGUUUUUGAAAUAAAGAAAGAA